UUUUAAGAUAAAAAGAAAAGAGCUUAAGCAGAAAAGUUAAAAUUCUCUUCGAUUUGUUGUCAGUGCAAAGAAGGAGAGGCGCUCUCUGCUCUCUCUUGCCCUGCCAGUGUAGGUGUUCGGCCCUCUCCUACUCUCGCGCUCUCACGCUCUUUCUCUCUCGCCGAAGUGAGUGUGAAGCAGAAACCAGAAAUUCACUCAUGGCAGCAGCAAAACAACAUCAGUUCCAUUCGGUAUUUCUCAGCGCGCGGUCACGCAGCGGACUUACUGCGCGCUCUGCCGACAAACACCAAAAAACAAAAACAAAAACAACAAACUGAAAAAUAAAUCAAACAAAAUAUAUUUUUCCCACGACGCGCAUUUUCCGCGAGUGUUUCCUCUACGCUGAUUUAGACUUUUUAUUUUGGAUUUUAUUUCACACAAUCUUAGCCCUUUUGGCUUUUCCCUUUCGAAAGUUUCGACAGUUAACGAGAGAGAAGGAGAAGGAGGAGAGUUCAAGAGUUCGAGGCGUUCUUGCGUUCCUGGCCACCGAUGCAAAUCAAUUACGCCAGAUUUGCAGUGCAAAACAAUGGCGUUAUUUGUGCAACAACAACAACAACAACAACAAUUACUAACACAAAGACAUCAGCAGCAGCAGCAGCAACCGCAACAACAAGAGCGAAAAAAGCCAACAAAGGCCAAGGAGCAGACAACGCAGGACAUUCAGUUAGUGCCCCAAAAGGAGCCGCCUCAACGACUUAUGCGAAAAAUACAAAACUAAAAGUUAUUAAAUAAAAACAAACAAAAAACAAAAACUAAAAACAAGAAAAAUAAAAAGUGCCUUUUCAAAUAUAUAAAAACUCGAAAAUAUAAAAUCCCUGAAGUCGCGCAGGCGCAGAGAAAGCUGUCAGAAAUAUAUAUAUCAUCGAACACGGCUAUUUUGUUUACUUUUUUGUUAGAGUGUUUAACGAUAGUGUCGGAAAAUCAACAAAUAAACAAAUAAACAAAUCAACAAAUCAACAAAUCACAAAACAAAUUCGAAAACUUACAGAAUAGAUAAAAAUUGAAAUUAUUAAAAUGGAGCAAAUAAGAAACUACUUCGAGCACAUGGAUUACGUGUCCUUUGGCGUUGCGGCACUGCCGUGCGUUGUUAUCGCUGUCUAUGGAUUCCUGCAGGUGGCCAGUGGCCUGGUCAAGUGCAAAAAUGACAAAAUGCAGCGUUGCAACCAGAAUGGCAGCAGCGGCACCAACAACAACAACAGCAACGUCAAUGCGACCAACAACAUUAACAGUAGCAGCAGCAACAACCACAAACGCUGCCCUCAGAAAUAUACCAACAACAACAGCAACAACGUAGCAGCAAGUAAUGGCAACAUGAUGGCCUACCAACAACAUGCAACAUCAACAUUGCAGCACAAUGGCAGCAAGCAGUCCACUCGCAAGAGUCGCUACAACAGCAACAAACAGCAGCAGCAGCAACAGCAGCAACAUUUUGGGAAUAUACAAAAGCGGAAUGGAAUCGCUGGGUUAACCGGAAGUGAGUCCUCCCCCUCGCCACCCACAUCGACUUGGCUGGAACGAGGCUACGGACACCGUUUGGCCAAUUCUUCAUGCAUCGAAGACAAAUUCCUUGGCCAGCACAAGCACAAUCCAGGACAUCGCAAUAGCACUAGCAGCGAGGCUACCAGCGAGGACAUCGACUCCAGUCGAGAGCAUCUGAACAAGGCCAAGGGACAUACAAACGGUGGCAGUCGUUGCAACAAUCUUACUGCAAGUGGCAACAAAAGCCGCUCCAAGCGACAGCAAAAGUCAACCGGCCAGCAGCAGCAGAUUCGUAAUUCCGAUCAAAAUGGCCAGAAGCCAGCUGCCGCUACGGUCGUGGUGGUGGGCCAGAAAACCAAACAGCCAAAUAGCAAGUGGCGCCAGCAGCAGCAGCAACAGCAGCAGCAGCAGGCCAAUCCCAAUCAGCAGCAGAAGCGCAGCAGCAACAAGAAGUCAGGAAAAUGUGCCAGCAGCAGCAGCAGCGGCGGCAGCAGCAGCAGCAGCAACAUCAACAAGCACGGCGGCAACAACCAAAGGAAGACCUGCGACAGCAGCUCUUCCUCGGCCUUAAGUUCGCCCACUAGUUCGCCCACCAGCUCCCCACAUGCCAAUGGCAAUAGGAAGCGUAUCGAGCGAUCUUUGAUGCCGGGGGCAGCACUGGAAUGGCGCCGAGAGCGGGAACGUGGUCGCCAGAAUGCCAACUUCCUGGUUCCUCCACUUCGACAAUACGAGCAGCUUGAUCUGGAUGACAGAAGUCUGGUGCAACAACUUCGACGCCAUGUCAUCGAUCACCACCUGCUUAGGGUCUAUGGCUAUCCGGUGGAGUCUGUAGUCCACGAAGGCGCCAUUGAGAUCUUCAAGUGCCUGCCCCAUAUGAGUUUUGCAGCUGCACUGGCGGAAACAGCGCCGGCAGUCACGGUGAUCAACUGCCAUGACGGCCUGACCAACCGAGGAGCUGAGGAGGAAGUAGAGGUGGCCAUCUCGAGCGACUCCGGCAACAGUUCACCGCGAUCUAUGGAUUCGGAAUCUGGCGGUGAAUGGAGCGGCAGCGAAUGUGAGUCCUCGAACUCCUCAUCCUCAUCCGCUGGCGACGCCGAACUAAGUCUGGAGCUGAAGUACUGCCAGUACGUUCAGGUGGAGCGUAGUCUGGCCAAGCCGUGUGCACGCUGCAAGCGCCACUUUUUGGUGGACGAGCUGACGGGCCAGUACUUGAACCGCGAGGAGUGCCAGUACCAUUCGGGCAAGUAUCAACGGUACUAUGACGGCGUCUGCCACGGACGUUGGACCUGCUGCAACGAGGGCGAGGAAUCCUCGCCGGGCUGCUGCCUAAGCGAUCGGCAUGUAUGGACGGGUUCAGUGGGAGGGGUCAAUGGGCCCUACUACGAUUUCGUGAGGACCCAACAUCGUGAAUCCAACGACGAGGAGCCUGCUGUAUAUGCCCUGGACUGCGAGAUGAGCUAUACAGGUCGUGGACUGGACGUGACCAAGGUCUCCCUAGUGGCCCUCAAUGGACAGCUGGUGUACGAGCACUUCGUACGGCCCGAGUGCGACAUUAUAGACUACAAUACCCGGUAUUCGGGUAUUACAGAAAGGGAUCUGCGUUCCGGGGCCAAGACAUUGGCCGAGGUCCAAAGAGAUCUCCUCGAACUGAUCGCAGCGGACACGAUCCUUAUUGGGCACGGGCUGGAUAACGAUUUGCGGGCACUGCGUCUGGUGCACAACACCCUGAUCGAUACCUCCAUUAGCUUUCCCCAUUGCAGUGGAUUUCCAUAUCGCCGGGCCCUACGUCACCUGACCAAGGUCCAUCUGAAGCGGGAGAUCCAGAGUGGUGAUGGGACCACAGGACACAGCAGCUUCGAGGACUCACGUGCCUGUAUGGAGUUAAUGCUGUGGCGGAUCAACCGGGAACAGGAUCCCUCAUGGAGCUGGGAUGAUUAAUGAGGUGGGCUGGGGGGAGGGGGCCUGGGGGGAGGGUUAUAUCAAACGCAAGGGGGGUGCCAGCACAAGUACUUUUAGUUGAUAAGCCAGUUAGGAUCCGACUAGUUUGUACCGUAUUUCAAGAAACCACAAUCCUAAAAUCUCAGCUGGGUCGCCCACCUGGCAAUCGGUAUCUAGCUAUAACACCGAUAUAUCUGAUAAGUCCGUGUUAUUUAGAGCCCCAUUGCCAGGUGCUGGGCCAGCGUAUAAUAUACAUAUAUAUAUAUAUAUAUGCAUAUAUAUAUAUAUAUAGAAGAUAUCAAGUAAAUCGCUAAAUAUCCAAAAUAUCCAAAAUGACAAAAUGGCAAGAAACAAACGAAAAAAAAAAGAGGAAAAGAAGGAUAAACCAAGAUUUAUAUGCGAUGCACACCGAUAUAUAGGGUACAUUUUGUAAGCGUACAUUUAUAGAGAGAAAAAAAAGAAAAUAGAACUUUAAUCUACAUAUGUACAUAUAUAUAAACGUAUUGUUUUUUUUUUUUUUUUAUUAAUAUUCUUGAUUAAUUUCGAACCACGAGAAAAUGUACUGAAGUUUUAGCUGUGAUGUUUUUUUCACUUUCUCACAUAUAUAUUUACACGACAAAUGGAAAAUGAAAAAUGAAAAAUGAAAAAUGAAAAAUGAAAAAUGAUAACUAAAAGCAAACAUUAAAAAAUCAAACAAAAACAUUAAACAAAAAGAUAAAUAGAAAAAAUACAAAAAAAUAUACACAGAAGAAAGGCAAUCCAAAUACUUUUUAGUUUCGACCAAAACUUUCAACUAAAAUCACUCCAUUUAUCAUCCAAUUUUUACCUACCACCAUUAGCUUAUAUUUAAUUUCGUUUCGUUUCGUUUCGUUUUUUAGUCCCAAAACAACCAAUCAUUUCUUUUAUUAUUUUUUACGAAUAAAGCAUCUCAUAUAUACAAACGGAAGAAGCAAAGCGAAGCGUAGAGAAGAGAGUAAAGUUUAAUUUUAACUACUUUAUACACUAAACGUUACAUAAACGUAAGUUAGUUUAAUCUUCUGCGAGUAUGCUUCAUUUUUUCCCAAAAAAAAAAAACACAAAAAACACAAAAAAAAGAAAAAACUUUUUGAUUAUUUAUUUAACGAAUUCACGCCGCGACAAGUUCAUUUGAAAAUUUUUCUUUAAGCUUAUAAUUUUUCACAUUGAACUCUCCUUCAUUCUAGCCUAAGUUAUACCAACCAACUUUUUUUUUCUUGGCUUUCCCUUUGGGGAAACCAUCGACGCGUAAUACCAUUACUCCUUGAUUCGAUUUUGUGAAAACGAGCCAAGGAAUUCUUUAUUCGAUAAUCGAUGUUCCUAGCAGCAUUAGCAGCAUAAGUUUCAGCACAAGUACACUGCGAUUGAGCGGCUGUUUCUGUAUUGAACAGAACGGAAAAGAAAAGUAAUGCAAAAGCACAACGACAAAUUGUAAAAGAAUAAAAGAAACAAUGAUUUGUUUAAAACUAAA